CUAUGCAAAAAAAUAGUCAAAUAGAUGAACAGAAUAAUAGUCAAAUAGAUGAACAAAAAAAUGAUCAAAUAGAUAAACAAAUAAAUAAUCAAACAGAUAGUGAAUUUGAAGAAAAUAAAAUAGAGACUGAUAAUAUUAAUAAUUCAUCAUUUGAUAAAUUUUUAAAAGAAAUUAGUGAUGAUUAUAGAAACUGUGAACCACAAUUAAGAAAAGUAUUUGAACCAUUUACUGAAAGAUAUAGAGCAGCCAAAUCACGAUCAAUUGCCUGGGCAAUUACAUUUCUCUACAACCCAAAUUUUUCUAUACAAAUUAAAGGUGGUGCAGCAAUUCAUGUCCAGCCAGAAUCUGUAAAAUGA